ACAUUCAAUCACUUUGCUUCGGAAGGCCGUUAUAAACUCCGAACCACAAAUCUUUACCUUUUGCUUUUACUUUAGCUUUUUUUGAUUUCCAUCUUUCUCAAUCCGCCACGAUUCCCUCCCUUAACAACGGCGAUUUCCAUCUUCAGUUACUAUUUUAUAUAUGUUAUGAUACUUUUGAUUCCAAUUAUAUGUUUCUCAUCAUACAUUUCGAAGACUAGAAGGCCAUAGUUUAUUUUCGUUAAUUUUUUUCUGUAAUUAGUGUCAGACACAUAAACCCAUUUUGUAGAACAUCCAUUUGUCCCUUUGGUGUAAUUUCACUUCAGGAUAAUUUUGGGUCUGAAUUUAGUGUUCAUUUCUAGGAAAUUCCACUUGGGUAUCUUGAAUUUUGAGGUUAUUUUUCGAAAGGGAUCUUGAAGGAGGAUUAUGAAAGGGGAUAAAAUGGCGAAAAGAUCCUCUUUUGGAAACAUGGUGAGAAGGAGGCUUUCAGAUAUUACUAAUUCUUUGCCAAAUCCCAAGUCUCCUGCGAUUGUGGAGAAGUUGCCCUCAGAAUCUGCUUCUGGCAAAGAUUACAUUGACCAACUAGUUAAGGAAAACGUCGGAUUGGUGAAACUUAUUCAAGACAAAAAUAAAAUCAUAGAACUAAGUGGAAUAGAGAUUCAAAAUUUGAGAGAGAGUGUACAGAAGAUGCAGUUGCAGAACUGGAAUCUCGCACAAUCAAAUAGUCAUAUGUCAGCGGAACUUAAUUUGAGUAAAGAAAGGUUGAAAACACUGCAACAUGAACUUGUAUGUAAGGACGCUCUUCUUAAAGCAAAGAGUCUAGAACUUAAGGGACCAGAAGAAGUGAAUGCUGAAAAGAAUGGAUUACAGUUGGAGACUAAGGAGCAUGAAAUGUUCGAUAUGGAGGCUGGAACUAAUGAGGAUAGCAAACAGGGAAAUGGAAGCAGGAGACGACGUGCCUCAAGAAGCCGAUCGUCUGGCCAGUCAACAUCAUCUCAACAAGUUGUAGAGAAAGAAGUAAUGAAAACCAAAAGGCUUUGUUUGAGAAGACAAUCUGCUGCUACUUACAGAAUACAACACCAGGAACCGGCAGAGAACUUGUUCGAGAUUGAUUAUGACACAUUUCCAGUGGCCGGACCAUUGAAUAAUUCUGCACGUGAAGAUGGAUCCUAUUCACCACCUUCAUCUGAAGCUCAAGAACCACGUAGAACUUCCAUUGGACGACCAUUACGAAGUGCAGUCGAGAAGGUUGAAUCCUACAAAGAAAGACCUAUUAACAUCAAAAUGAGGAGAACACAAUGAUCACUGUCAAAUUUGUCGAGAACUCAUGAUUAGAUAGCAUGUUAUGAUGCUGCAUGACCUUUUGUGUUUUGUUUAUUGUAUAACUGUAUCUUUAUGACAUUAUUUGGAGUAUUUGUGGUUGAAAAGUGUGGAAAAUUUGUGGUAUUUUUUGGAGAA